CUACAGUCCCAUCUACCAGUCGACUUGAAUCAGCCUUGACCGGCAGUCUCCGGCGCACCUUCGUCAUGUACGCGCUGUGGUUAUUCGCUUUAUCCGUGGCUUGUGCCCAAAGUUCGGGGGUGGCUCCGAAGAUCAAGCUCAACGAUGGGCGAGAGGUCCCAGCGCUGGGCAUCGGGACAUGGCUGGGCUUCACGAGGGAUGGUGGGCGAGUGGAGGUGAAAGGUGAUGAUGUCCAGAAGGCGGUGGAGUGGGCCAUCGACGCCGGGUACAGACAUAUCGACACUGCGCACAUCUACAACACUGAAGAUCAGGUUGGCAGAGCCGUAAACAAAAAGAUAUCGGAGGGCGUCAUCAAGAGGGAAGAUGUGUUCAUCACUACGAAGCUGUGGAACGACCGCCACGCCAAGGACUCGGUGGUGCCGGCGCUGCGCGAGUCGCUCAAGCAACUGAACCUGGACUAUGUGGACUUGUACCUCAUCCACUGGCCUAUAGCUGAGUUGUCCAACCACUCUCUUGCCAACAUCGACUACGUGGAAACGUGGCAGGGCAUGAUAGAGUCCCGGGACCUGGGCCUGGCCAAGUCCAUCGGGGUGUCCAACUUCAACAAGGCGCAGCUGGACAGGCUGUCCUCGCUGAGCAGGGUGAAGCCAAGCAUGCUGCAAGUCGAGAUCAACCUGAACCUCCAGCAGCCAGAACUGCUCGCGUAUUGCAAACAGAAGAACAUCGCCGUCACCGGGUACACGCCCUUCGGAUCUCUGCUGGACAGCAAGGCCAGGGACGACGCGCCUCCGCCCAGGGUCACGGAGCCGGCGCUGGUGGCUAUAGCACAGAAGUACAAUAAGACCGUACCGCAAGUGGCGCUAAGAUACGAGAUAGAGCUAGGAGUGAUCCCCAUACCCAAGUCGACCAACAAGCAUCGCAUCGAGCAGAACAUCGACGUGUUCGACUUCUCGCUGAGCCAGCAGGAGCGGGACCUGCUGCGGAGCUACGAUCGGCGCUACCGCGUCAUAGCUGUGAAGCACUGGGAGGCCUCGCCCUACUACCCCUUCGAAGUAUAAAUAAUAAUUCCAGUUUCUAUUUCAAUAAAGAGAAUUUGAUAAU